AUGUGGACACUAAUUGUUAUUUUAGUUCAAAGUAUGAUCCUGGAAGUCCAGUCAAAUAACUUGAUAAAACAAACCCAGUAUACAGCUGUUGAUGAAACAAAGCUGACCACCCUGCCGAUCAAACUAGAGUUUGACCGAGUCAGCCUUUUGUCCUGUGCCUCACGUUGUUCAAGUUCCAACAAAACGUGCCUCAGCUACAUCUACGACAAAAUCACCAGACACUGUAGCUUGGGCCAGCACGAUAUAUGCGUAGGAGUCGACAGCAGUAACCCCCGACCUUUGGUGACCCUGACCUCUGGACUUCAGGUCAUGUGUGACACAGUUACAGACGGCGGAGGAUGGACCAUUUUCCAAAGACGUGUUUCUGGUACUGUCGACUUUUACCGUAACUGGGCAGAGUACAAAUAUGGGUUUGGCGAUUUUAGUUCAGGUAAUUUUUACCUGGGCAACGAAAACAUUUAUCUCUUAACGUCAAACCGUCAGACAGUACUGAGAGUGGAUAUGACCUUCAAUGGACACAAUUAUUUCGCCAAGUAUUCCAGCUUCAGUAUUUCUAACGAGGCAGACGGCUACAAGCUACAAGUUGGCGGCUAUACCGGCAAUGCAGGGGAUGGUCUAGGCUACCACAACGGUAUGAAGUUUUCAACCUUUGACAUCGAUAAUGACAAAUCUCCGGGUAACUGCGCAGCUUCCCACAGAGGAGCGUGGUGGUAUAACGAUUGCUGGUAUUCAGAUCUUAACGGCCUUUGGGGUACUGUAGAUUUAUACUUUGCAACCCUGACUAAUCCGUCAUUCAUUGAAAUGAAAUUUAAACAGUUCUAG